CUGCUCAUUAAAAUAACAAAACCUCUGAUCCGGCAACCUUUGAUUGAGUUUUAUAAAAGAGGCUCGUGGCCCUCUGUCCUGGAUAUUACAUUGAGGAAGAGUGCUCUAACAACAGCCCAGACAUGAGUAAGAUCACUUUCUACGAGGAUAAAAACUUCCAGGGUCGCUCCUAUGAGUGCGACACGGACUGCCCCGAUGUUCACCCCCAUUUCAGCCGCUGCAACUCCAUCAAGGUAGAUAGCGGCUGCUGGGUGCUGUACGAGAGGCCCAACUAUGCAGGCUACCAGUAUGUACUGACCAGGGGAGAGUUCCCAGAAUAUCAGCGCUGGAUGGGCUACAGCGACACCAUUCGCUCCUGCCGGACCUUUUCUUAUGCCAGCGGCAGUCCCUACCGCAUGAGAAUCUACGAGAGGCCAGACUUCCAGGGACAGAUGAUGGAGUUCGGCGAGGACUGUGACUCCGUCCAGGACCGUUUCCGUAGCCGUGACAUCUACUCCGCCAACGUCAUGGACGGCUACUGGACCCUCUACGAGCAUCCCAACUACAAGGGGCGCCAGUACUUUAUGAAGCCCGGCGAGUACAGGAAGUUCAGCGAAUGGGGAGCCACCUGUGCCACCACAGGCUCCUUCCGUAGGAUCACCGACUUUUAGGCCCAACGUCCUCUCCACUCUGACCAGUCAAUAAAACGAUUGUUUAAAUAA